AUGUCGAGCGCCGACCUCUCCGGCCGCACUUUCAGCCUCGCCGAUCGCGCUUCCGAUGGCCGAUUCGCAGAACGUACCAUAGUCGCCUGCCUCAUAGGCAUUGCGUGGUACAAUGCCUUGGAAUUGAUCGUUCUGUGUUUCACAACCUUCAAGCGAUAUGGCGGGUGCUACUUCUGGUGUCUUCUCAUCGCCUCCUUCAGUAUUAUCCCAUUUGGCCUGGGAUACCUCCUCAUCAUCUAUAACAUCUACACCAAUCUGUUCCCCGUGGCGAUGGAGCUCGUCGCCUGGGUGGGAAUGGUCACGGGCCAGUCAUUGGUACUCUGGUCUCGACUCCAUCUCGUCUGCCACAACCCCAACGUCCUCCGCGCCACUCUCGCCAUGAUUAUCAUCGACGCCGUCAUCCUCCACGUCCCGGGCUCGGUUCUCGAACUGGGUAGCCACGCGACUGAAUCUGCCGUUUUCAAUUCGGGGUUCAACAUCUUCGAGCGCAUCCAGCUAGUUGGAUUCUCCAUACAAGAAAUCAUUCUCUCCGUCAUUUACGCCUGGGAGGGCGUUCGGCUCCUGAACCUUCGCCCCAGAGGCCACUAUAGAGGCACAUUAGUGCAGCUCCUGAUCGUGAACAUCGUCAUGAUUCUCAUGGACGCAGCAGUCAUUGGAGUUCAGUACUCCGGUCUAUUUGACAUCCAUGUCACUUUGAAAGCCCUGGUCUACAGCAUCAAACUUAAGCUGGAAUACGCCAUCCUGGGCAAGCUGGUCGAUAUCACCGAAAUCGGCGGCAGCACCACCGAUCCCACGGACCUGUCAGACUUUGUAGAUCUCUCAUUCCACAAUAACGGGGCGCCCCAGCCGGAUAUCGACGAGGCCCGAUUCGCGGAGACCCUAGAGAAUGGUACUCGCACGCGUGUUCGACUCUCCUCGAAAGGAUCGUCUACCAAUCCGCUCACACAUACUCUCUCUCCUGCGCAAACACCGAGUCUGACCAACUCAGAGCUUCCCCUCACCCCGGAUCCCGCAUUUUCGGAAUCCGCCGUGUCCCCCGACCGAAGCAUCACACAUAAAGCGCGCACCCACUGCGAUUGCAAAAAGGCAAGAUCAGAACCAAGUCAACAGACCUCGCAGAAGAUGACCAAAGCGCUCACUCCCCUAACAGGCGCUCAACUCACAGCUGCCGCCAGCGCAGCCCUAUCCACCCAAGCCUCCGCCCAGGACAUCCAUCAAAAGCGACCCUUCUCUGCGAUCCUCCUCGCCCCGGACAAUGAAACAAUCCUCCUGAGCUCGAACUCCCUCUCGCACGUCCGCCAUGCGGAAAGUGAACUCGCUCGCAACGCAGCGGACAACUACGACUGGACUUACCUGUCGCGCUGCACGCUUGUGUCAACCUGGGAGCCGUGCGCGAUGUGCGCCGGGGCCAUUUACUGGGCUCACAUUGGACGGCUUGUGUAUCUUGCCUCGGAGAAGGCGAUGCAGGAGAUCAUUGGGGACGGGAACGAGGAGAAUCUGACGAUGAAUUUGCCUUGUCGGGUUGUCUUUGAGAGUGGUCAGUUUGGCGUGGAGGUUAUGGGACCGCUCGUUGAGGAGGGGUGGGAGGAGAAAGUUGUUGCCGAUAGCAGACGGUAUUGGGGGUAG